AUGAUACAAUUCGACCUUGACAAUUUGGAAGGGAUUGGGUAUUGGUAUAUUAAUGGUAAGACGGGAGAAGCGGUGAUCACUAAGAAGAAAGUUACUGAGGUGAUUGUUAAAGUGUUAGAUCCGAUGUGGCUAGUGAACUCCAAGCUUUCAAAAUUUAAGAAGUUGAAAUGUCUUUCUCUCCAGGAUCUGAAAGAAGGCCGAGAGCUCGCUCUUCCGUUUAUUCAAGUAGUUCAUUUUUGUGUGAAGAACAAGGUAAUCGAGGGAACUUGGGAAACCAGUGAUGAUGAGAGUGAAAUGCACCUACGUCACAAACACCGCCCAUCACCUCCACCAUCUACCACCACCACCUUCCGUCGUUAUCACCCGCCACCAACCUCCGCCGACCAUCACCAUCGUCCUCUACUGCCACUGCCACCCGCCGCCACCGCCAUCGACUACCACGCUGCCACCCGCUGUCGCAAACUACCGCCACCUCGACUACUACAGCCACCCUCCGCGGACCACCACCACCAUCCCCCGCUGCCACCACCCGCUACCGUCGACCACCACCACCCACUGUCGUCGCCGCCACUACCACCCGUCUCCACCACCAUCAUCUACCAUCGCUGCCACCCGCCACCACGACCACCGCCACCCUCCGCCGACCACCACUACCAUCCUUCGCAACCACCUCCCGCUACCGUCUACCACCACCACCCAUCCACUGCCGUCCUCACCACCACCAUCGACCACCAUCGCCGCCACCCACCACAACCGACCACCGCCACCCCGACCACUACCGACACCCUCCGCUGA